CGGCUACAGCACUGAAGUUCAACCUAUCGAAGCUUAUCCACCGCUAGCUCGUCUUUUGGUGAUUUUGCGAUUUUGGACCGAUUUUUCAGAAAGCAUUGCAGCCGAACCCCGAGUGUCCAAUUAGCCGAUUUCUACGUUUAAGUUACAAAGUUCAACUACUACUAGUUUACCAUGGCAGAUUCAAAGGGUGAUGAUCUGGCUACGGCGAUUUUGAAGCGCAAGGACCGUCCUAACCGUUUGAUUGUGGAGGAGGCCCAGAACGAUGACAACUCUGUGGUGUCGCUGUCGCAGGCGAAGAUGGACGAGCUGCAGCUCUUCCGUGGUGACACCGUGAUUCUGAAGGGCAAGCGCCGCAAGGAGACAGUCUGCAUCGUGCUCUCGGACGAUACCUGCCCCGAUGAGAAGAUCCGCAUGAACCGAGUGGUGCGCAACAACCUGUGCGUCCAUCUCUCUGAUGUUGUGUCGGUGCAGUCCUGCCCGGACGUCAAGUACGGAAAAAGAGUCCGUAUCCUGCCCAUCGAUGACACCACCGAAGGCGUUACCGGUAACCUUUUCGAGAUCUAUCUGAAGCCCUACUUCCUCGAGGCCUACCGUCCAAUCCACAUGGGCGACAACUUCAUUGUGCGCGCCGCCAUGCGUCCCAUUGAGUUUAAGGUGAUGCUCACUGAGCCCGAGCCGUACUGCAUUGUCGCCCCCGAGACGGUUAUCUUCUGUGAUGGUGAUCCCAUCAAGCGUGAGGAGGAGGAAGAGUCUCUGAAUGCCGUGGGCUACGACGACAUUGGUGGCUGCCGCAAGCAGUUGGCCCAGAUUAAAGAGAUGGUGGAGCUGCCCCUCCGUCACCCGUCGCUGUUCAAGGCUAUUGGUGUGAAGCCGCCGCGCGGUAUCCUCAUGUACGGACCUCCCGGUACGGGAAAGACCCUGAUCGCUCGGGCCGUCGCCAACGAGACUGGCGCCUUUUUCUUCUUGAUCAACGGACCCGAAAUCAUGUCCAAGCUGGCCGGCGAGUCAGAGUCCAAUUUGCGUAAAGCUUUCGAAGAGGCCGAGAAGAACUCUCCCGCCAUCAUCUUCAUCGAUGAGAUCGACGCCAUUGCUCCCAAGCGUGACAAGACCCACGGCGAGGUGGAGCGCCGCAUCGUGUCGCAGCUGCUGACCUUGAUGGACGGCAUGAAGAAGAGCUCUCACCUGAUCGUGAUGGCGGCCACCAACAGGCCCAACUCCAUUGACCCGGCUCUGCGUCGCUUUGGACGCUUCGACCGUGAGAUCGACAUUGGCAUUCCCGAUGCCACCGGUCGCUUGGAAGUUCUGCGAAUUCACACCAAGAACAUGAAGCUGCACGAGGACGUCGAUCUUGAGCAGAUUGCCGCCGAAACCCACGGACAUGUGGGUGCUGAUCUGGCCUCGCUGUGCUCGGAGGCAGCUCUCCAGCAGAUCCGUGAGAAGAUGGACCUCAUCGACUUGGAGGACGACAAGAUCGACGCCGAGGUUCUGGCCUCUCUGGCCGUGACCAUGGAGAACUUCCGGUAUGCCAUGACCAAGUCCAGCCCAUCGGCACUGCGUGAGACGGUGGUUGAGGUGCCCAACACCACCUGGUCGGACAUCGGUGGUCUCGAGAGCGUGAAGAAGGAGCUGCAGGAGCUAGUGCAGUACCCGGUGGAGCAUCCCGACAAGUUCUUGAAGUUCGGAAUGCAGCCCAGUCGCGGUGUCCUGUUCUACGGACCCCCCGGUUGCGGUAAGACCCUGCUGGCCAAGGCCAUCGCCAACGAGUGCCAGGCGAACUUCAUCUCGGUGAAGGGACCCGAGCUGCUGACCAUGUGGUUCGGCGAGUCCGAGGCCAAUGUGCGCGACAUCUUCGACAAGGCCCGCUCUGCGGCCCCCUGUGUGCUCUUCUUCGAUGAGUUGGACUCGAUCGCCAAGGCACGUGGCGGCAACAUGGGCGAUGCUGGUGGUGCUGCCGAUCGUGUGAUCAACCAGAUCCUCACUGAGAUGGACGGCAUGGGAGCCAAGAAGAAUGUGUUCAUCAUUGGCGCCACCAAUCGGCCCGACAUCAUCGAUCCGGCCAUCUUGCGUCCUGGUCGUCUGGAUCAGCUGAUCUACAUCCCGCUGCCCGACGACAAGUCGCGCGAGGCUAUCCUGAAGGCCAACCUGCGCAAGUCGCCGCUGGCCAAGGAGGUGGACCUGACCUACAUCGCCAAGGUGACUCAGGGCUUCUCGGGUGCCGAUCUGACUGAGAUUUGCCAGCGCGCCUGCAAACUGGCCAUCCGUCAGGCCAUCGAGGCAGAGAUUCGUCGCGAGAAGGAGCGCUCCGAGAACCAGAACUCUGCGAUGGACAUGGACGAGGACGAUCCAGUGCCGGAGAUCACUAGCGCUCACUUCGAGGAGGCCAUGAAGUUUGCUCGCCGUUCGGUGUCCGAUAAUGACAUCAGGAAAUACGAGAUGUUUGCUCAAACUCUGCAGCAGUCUCGUGGCUUUGGACAGAACUUCAGAUUCCCGGGUCAAGCCGCCAACACCUCAGGGUCUGGCAACAACAUGCCAGUUAACUCGCCAGGAGACAAUGGCGACGAUGAUCUUUACAGUUAGAUUUCUAGUUUAUACACUGCUAAAAAACCACAAAAGAAAGAAGAAACAAAAAGCAGAAACUUUUUAAAUGAAUUUUUCCCAGAAAACAGAAAAGAAACAAAAGAAAGAAAACCGAGCAAGCAAACAAAUUACAUUCGCAUCCUGGAGGCGGCAACCACAGCAACCAAUCCAAGGCUAAGGCAUUCUGGCUAAGGCAAAGGAAUCGGAUCAAUAUAUACCCAAAACCAAUAAUACAAUAAUCGUCAUUUUGAUACCAACACACUGGUCUUGGUCAAGGCAAGAUAGCAACCUUGUUUUGGAUUAGGCCAGCCUAAUCCGGAACCACAUCCAUUGGCGAAUCCCAAACCACGCCUCACACUUAUCAUUCGUGCAUUGUCGGUAGAGCGGCUCCGAUAUGAGUUUCUAUAAACAUAAUUAUAAACGAUACACAUACACACAUACAUUUAAAGAUAAAAACAUAUAUUAAACACCGUAAAAUUAUAAGUGUAUUUGGAGCUACGUUUUUAAGUGAAUAAAAAUUAUAAAUUCAAUAAA